UACCCGGGGGCGCUGGCAGACAUUUCUUUGACGUCUCCCCAGCUGGGCCCAAACACCUAGGGAAAGAUGAGAACAAGAGGAGUGGAUGGAGCACACCUGAGUCAGGACUUUGGAAGCCUAGGAAACAGCAGGGAAGGCGCUGCGGUUUCCAAAACCAAGUCUGGCUUGGCAGAGCUGGAAGGUGGAGGGGGCCAUUUCUCGGAGCAAAGGGGUUCUCGUCAGGAUGAGCCCCCUGGAUGCAAAGCCGGUCAAACGUGGGUGAUGGAGAAAGAAGAGGACGAAAAGGAAGCAACUCCCGAUGUGGACGGCUGCAGACAAUUAGAUGUCUCUGGGAGAUUGUUAGGGAAAGCAAAAAAGGAAGCUUUCCAGAUUUCUGAGCAGGAAGAGAGUUUGGAAAAGUUGCAAAAGUUAGAGAAGCAAGAGAGCGGAGAUGUGCAUAAGUCAGAUCUUCGUGGGGCUGGAAACAAAAAUAGCGCAAAUAAAUGCAAGAGACAGCUCACCUGCAGCAGGUGCGGGAAAAGCUUCAGUAACAGCUCCAAUCUUAUCGCUCACGAGAGAAUCCACACCGGGGAGAAACCGUACAAGUGCCUGAGCUGUGGGAAGAGCUUUGGGAAGAAAUCAACCCUCAUUGCUCACGAGAGAAUCCACACCGAGGAGAAACCCUACGAAUGCUCCGUCUGCGGGAGGAGCUUCAGCCAGACCUCGAGCCUUAUCGCCCACGAGAGAAUCCACACGGAAGAGAAACCCUACGAGUGUUCUGAGUGUGGGAGGAGCUUCAGUUUGAAAUCCAGCCUGGUGGCCCAUGAAAGAAUCCAUACGGGAGAGAAGCCCUACAAGUGCUCAGAGUGCGGGAAAAGCUUCAGCCAGAAAUCUGCCCUUAUCGCACAUGUGAGGACCCACAAAGGAGAAAAGCCUUAUACCUGCUCGGUGUGUGGGAAAAGCUUCAGCCAGAGCUCCAAUCUUAUCGCACAUGAAAGAAUUCACACUGGAGAGAAACCGUACCAGUGUGCAGACUGCGGGAGAAGCUUCAACUGCAGUUCAAGCCUUAUUCGACACCAGAGAAUCCACACAGAGGACAAACCGUACGAAUGUUCAGACUGCGGGAAAAGUUUCAGCUGCAGCUCGAGCCUCAUUCGACAUCAGAGGACGCACACAGGAGAGAAGCCCUACAAAUGUGCGGACUGUGGCAAAACCUUCAGCGUGAGCUCCCAACUCAGCGUUCAUCAGAGAACCCACACGGGAGAGAAGCCAUACGAAUGCUCGGACUGCGGGAAAAGCUUCAGUGUGCGCUCAAGCCUAAGUGCCCAUGAGAAAAUCCACACAGGUAAGAAGCCUUACCAGUGCACAGAUUGUCCCAAAAGAGUCUACUUGAGGUCCAGUCUCAACGCGCACAAGAGGCUGCAUGGAGGAGAGAAGCCGUACGACUGCACAGACUGCGGAAAGACCUUCAUUUGCAGCUCGAGUCUUAUUAGACAUCAGAGAAUCCACACGGGAGAGAAACCGUAUAACUGCGCAGACUGUGGGAAAAGCUUCAUUUUGAGCUCCAACCUCAUUGCCCAUCAGAGGACUCAUACAGGAGAGAAACCAUACCAGUGCCCGGAGUGUGGCAAAUUCUUCAGCGUGAGUUCACAGCUCAAUGUACACCAGAGAACCCACACGGGAGAGAAGCCAUACGAAUGCUCGGACUGCGGGAAGAGCUUCACAUGUAGCUCAGGCCUGAUUCGACAUCAGAGGACCCACACAGGAGAGAAACCAUAUCAGUGCUCUGAGUGCGGGAAAAGGUUCAACCUGAGUUCGAAUUUGAUUGCGCACCAGAAAACCCACACGGGAGAGAAACCGUAUAAGUGUGUGUACUGUGGGGAAAGUUUCUAUACCAGGCCGAGUUUUAAUUCAAGUCUGGUUAGACAUCAGAGAAUCCACACUGGAGAGAAACCCCACACCUGUACGGAUUGUGGGAAAAGCUUCAACAAGCGGUCCAACCUGAUUACCCACCAGAGAAUCCACACGGGAGAGAAGCCGUACAAGUGUGCAGAUUGCGGGAAGAGCUUCAGCUUGAGCUCCAGCCUUGUCCGACAUCAGAGAAUCCACACGGGAGAGAAGCCUUACCAGUGCUCAGUCUGCGAAAGGAGCUUCAACCAGAAGCCCUCCUUGGUGGUGCACGAGAGAACCCACUGGCGAGAGAAACCGUACAAGUGCUCGGCAUGUGAAAAGAGCUACAGUCACAUGACGAGCCUUAUCGCCCAUGAGAAAAUCCACCGGGAGGAGAAACCGUAUAAAUGCGGGGAGUGCGGGAAGCGGUUCAGCUUCAGCUCGCAGCUGAUCACCCACCAGAGAAUCCACGCAGAGGAGAAGCCCUACAAAUGCUCCUUCUGCGAGCGGGGAUUUAGUCGGCCAUCGAGCCUCGUAGUUCACGAGAGAAUCCACACUGGGGAGAAGCCGUACAAAUGCUCGGAUUGCGAGAAGAGCUUCCCCUCGAACUCGAGUCUGGUUAGGCACCAGCUUACACACGCGGAAGAGAAGCUGCACCCGUGCCCGGAUUGUGGGAAAAGUGUCGGCCCGUCCCCGGGUCUCCCGAGGAUCCCCGCAGGGGGGAAAUGGUCUCAGUGCCCAGACUGCGAGAAGCGGCUCAGCUUGGGUUUGGAUUGUGUUUCGGGAGAGAUCCCUCCCACAGAGAAGAAACUCUUUGGCAGAUCCAAUGACGUCCAGAAUUGUGAUAUUAAAACUGUUGAUCCGACAGCCAUACAAACUGAGGGCAGCGUCUUCAGACCGGGGUCACAGUCUCUCUAUUACCAGAUUAACUACAUAGGAUGGCAGUGAGGAAAAAGAGACAGGUCGUCCUCUGCCUAAUGAGUCAGCAUGCUUUCCCAUCGAAUUGAGUGGGAAGUGUGCUGGAUGGAGUUAUUGUAGAGCUGCCAUUCAUUUCAAUGGCACUUGAGCAGGAGAAACUUCCAGGGGAUGGGUCCAGAGGAGGCUGGUGGCUCCGAGGUCAGUGGGGCUGUGAAUCUGCUCCAAGUUUCAGUCAGAACUCUAAAGAAGCUGUCUAAGGUGUGGAGCAGUGAAACCAGAGCGACAAGCCGCCACUGGAUCACCUCGUAAACCAGGGGUGGGGAUUCUGGGUCCCAUCAUCCCUGACCAAUGGCCAUUCUGGUUGUGGCUGAUGGGAGUCGGAGUGCAACAACAUAUCGAGGGGGACCACAGGUUCUCCACCAUGCCCUACUCUAAGGCUGCAGGCUGUUCACACUUACCUGGGUGUAAAUCCCAUUGAACUCAGCAGCACUUACUUCUGAGCAAACACGCAUAGGAUCGUGCUUUCAACCUUCACUUUUUGACCUCCCGUAAGUCCUCUUGGGAGAUGUGUAGGAAGAAAAAGUCAGCAAACAGUGUACAUUUUGGAUCUGGGCCUGCUUUUCAGGAAACUCUUCUUGGUAGAUGGUAAAGGAGGGGAAAUUUCUUCCCCGUGGAGAAAUCAAGUUUUGUGGUCAUUUCCGUUCCAGAAUAAUUACAAGACAACUCUUCUUUUUCUUCUGAAGAGAAACUGAAAUAAGAUUGAGGUUGAACUAAAAGGAUUUGAGCUUCCAAAUGAUCUGUCUACACGCACACAGAGAUGGUUGUUAUAUAGAAAUUAAAAUUCAGCUUGCAUUUUGCAUUCCUGAUUGCUUCUGGGGGCACGGUCUGACUAAAGUCCUACUUAACUGGGGUGACUAUAUGAAAAGGAGGACAGGGCUUCUGUGUCUUUAACAGUUGUAUAGAAAACGGAAUUUCAGCAGGUGUCAUUUUGAUGCAUGCAGCACCUGGUGAAAUUCCCUCUUCGUCAUAACAG